UUGGGUGGUGUGGGAGGCCGGCACAUGUCUACGCGUCGGCGUGGCAGUAGCCCGCUGGUGCGUGGAAGUGCGGGCCUCGCAGGAUAUAUCGGACCGGGGGCCUCUGGAAAUUCCAACGAUGCUGCUACGAUACCACCGGAUGUACAAAGAUACGCUGCCAGGAGGCGCGGGGCGGUUACUACCAGCGAUCACAAGAGUUGCGCUCUUGUGCAGACUCGCAUCAAGCUCGGCGAUAUCAUGUUGGCAGCGCAAGAGGCGGCACAAAGGGACCCUGGAUACGCGAGUCAGUACAGGAGAAGGCCGAGGUUGGCCGGACUGAGUGGUCUCGGUGACUGGACUAGCUUUGGAGGGGAGGUACCUGGUCUGGUGGACAUGGCGCCAGGCCGGGAUCAGGGCGGAGGGGCGGGUGGCGGUGGGGGAGGUGGCAAGGGCACUACGUCGCUGUUCAUCCUGUCGGAGGAUAACUGCAUCAGGAAGCACACUCGCUUCAUAAUCGAAUGGCCGCCCUUCGAGUACGCCGUCCUGCUCACCAUCAUCGCCAAUUGCGUGGUCCUCGCCCUCGAGGAGCACCUGCCGAAGCAGGACAAAACCAUACUCGCGCAGAAGCUCGAGGCCACAGAAAUCUACUUCCUCGGGAUUUUCUGCGUCGAGGCGAGCCUCAAGAUCCUCGCCCUUGGCUUCGUCCUCCACCGUGGCUCCUAUCUGCGCAACAUCUGGAACAUCAUGGAUUUCUUCGUCGUGGUGACCGGGUCGAUGACCGUGUUCGCCGAAACAAACGUGGACGUCGACCUGCGUAUGCUACGUUCCUUCAGGGUCCUCAGACCGCUAAAGCUGGUUUCGAAAAUUCCAAGUCUCCAGGUGGUGCUCAAAUCUAUUAUCAAGGCAAUGGCGCCGCUUCUGCAGAUCGGCCUGCUGGUACUCUUUGCCAUCGUGAUAUUCGCCAUCAUUGGGCUCGAAUUCUAUUCGGGAACCCUGCAUAAAACGUGUUACAGCAUCAAAAAUAUCAAUGAUAUCGUGAAGGAGGGCGAACAGGCGAGCCCGUGUAACACGGACAACAAAUCCGAGGCGCCAUUCGGGGCCCACGUGUGCGACGCGAACAUCUCGACGUGCAUGGAUCACUGGGAGGGACCAAACUUCGGCAUCACCAGCUUCGACAACAUCGGAUUCGCCAUGCUCACUGUCUUCCAGUGCAUCACUAUGGAGGGCUGGACUGCCAUAUUGUACUGGACAAACGACGCUCUUGGCAGCACGUACAACUGGAUUUACUUUAUACCAUUGAUCGUCCUUGGCUCAUUCUUCAUGCUGAACUUAGUUCUUGGUGUCCUGAGCGGAGAGUUUGCGAAGGAGAGAGAGAAGGUGGAGAACAGGCAGACCUUCCUGAAAUUGCGAAGACAGCAGCAGCUGGAGCAUGAAUUGUACUGCUACCUGAAUUGGAUCUGCAAAGCAGAGGAGGUAAUACUCGCGGAAGAAAGGACCACGGAAGAGGAGAAGAAGCACAUAUUAGAAGGAAGAAAAAGAGCCGAGGCGAAAAAGAAAAAGCUUGGCAAGAGCAAAAGCACAGACACGGAGGAAGAAGAAGGCGAUGACGAUCAGGACGACGGAUUUUCGAGGUCCUCCUCGACGAAAGAAAAGGGACCUUGUAAGCAGUUUUGGCUAGCUGAGAGAAGAUUUAGGUACUGGAUACGAAAGUCCGUAAAAUCACAAAAGUUUUACUGGUUCGUCAUCGUUCUUGUGUUCUUCAAUACCGUCUGCGUAGCGGUGGAACAUUACGGUCAGCCACAAUGGCUGACCGAUUUCCUCUACUUCGCAGAAUUCGUGUUCCUGGCUCUGUUCAUGUUGGAGAUGUUCAUAAAGGUGUACGCGCUCGGUCCUCGCACAUACUUCGACUCGAGCUUCAAUCGUUUCGACUGCGUAGUCAUCUCGGGAUCGAUCUUCGAAGUGAUCUGGUCCGAGGUGAAGUCUGGCUCUUUCGGCCUCUCCGUCCUACGUGCCCUUAGACUCCUGCGAAUUUUUAAGGUCACCAAAUAUUGGAAGAGCCUGAGAAACCUCGUAAUAUCGCUGCUCAGCUCGAUGCGUAGCAUCAUCUCCCUGCUCUUCUUGCUCUUCCUCUUCAUUCUCAUAUUCGCGCUGCUCGGUAUGCAGUUGUUUGGCGGCCAGUUCAACUUCGAUUAUGGCACGCCGCCCACCAACUUCAACACCUUUCCCAUCGCGCUGCUCACUGUCUUCCAAAUCCUGACCGGAGAAGAUUGGAACGAAGUGAUGUACCAGGGUAUAGAGUCGCAAGGCGGACACAAGAAGGGCAUGAUUUAUUCGCUCUACUUCAUCGUGUUGGUGCUGUUUGGCAACUACACGCUGUUGAACGUGUUCUUGGCUAUCGCCGUCGACAAUCUGGCAAACGCACAGGAGCUGAGCGCUGCCGAGGACGAGGAGGAAGUAGAGGAUAAACAGAAGCAGGCGCAGGAGCUCGAGAAAGAGAUCCAGUCCCUGCAGAAUCCGAUAGACGGUGGCGCGCCCAAGGUAGAAAUCAGCCCUCCAAGUCCGAACCAGAAUUUCAAAGACGGAAAAGGUGGAAAACAAUCAUCCGAAGAAGAGAAAAAGCAGGAUGAAGAUGAUGACACGGGACCAAAACCAAUGCUGCCAUACUCCUCCAUGUUUAUACUGUCCCCUACGAAUCCCGUAAGAAGAGCCGCCCAUUGGGUCGUCAACCUGAGAUAUUUCGACUUCUUCAUAAUGGUGGUGAUAUCGCUGUCGAGUAUCGCGUUGGCCGCCGAAGAUCCCGUAUGGGAGGACUCGCCGAGGAACGAAAUUCUGAAUUACUUCGAUUACGCGUUCACCGGUGUCUUCACUGUCGAGAUGAUACUGAAGAUCAUCGAUCUUGGGAUUAUCCUUCACCCGGGCUCGUAUCUGCGCGAGUUCUGGAACAUUAUGGACGCGGUGGUUGUGAUAUGCGCCGCGGUCUCGUUCGCUUUCGAUAUGACCGGUAGUUCGGCUGGACAAAAUCUCUCGACAAUCAAAUCGUUGAGAGUACUUCGAGUGCUCAGGCCAUUAAAGACGAUCAAGAGAGUGCCGAAGCUCAAGGCGGUGUUCGACUGCGUAGUGAACAGUCUUAAAAACGUCAUUAACAUUCUCAUAGUGUAUAUAUUGUUCCAAUUCAUAUUCGCUGUGAUCGCGGUGCAACUGUUCAACGGCAAGUUUUUCUACUGCAACGACGAGAGCAAAUAUACGGAACAGGAUUGCCAGGGUCAAUAUUUCGUUUUCGAAGAGGGCGCCAUGUUGCCAGAGCCAAAAAGACGGGAAUGGCAGUCGCAGUCUUUUCACUAUGACAACGUGAUGGCCGCGAUGCUGACGUUGUUCGCGGUGCAAACUGGCGAGGGUUGGCCGCAAAUCCUGCAGAACUCGAUGGCGGCCACGUACGAGGACAAGGGCCCCAUUCAAAAUUUUCGUAUAGAGAUGUCCAUUUUCUAUAUCGUCUACUUCAUCGUGUUUCCAUUUUUCUUCGUCAAUAUCUUCGUGGCCUUGAUUAUCAUUACUUUCCAAGAGCAAGGAGAAGCUGAAUUGCAAGACGGUGAAAUCGACAAGAAUCAGAAAUCUUGUAUAGACUUUACGAUACAAGCUCGUCCUCUGGAGAGGUACAUGCCGAAAGAACGGAACAGCGUAAAGUACAAAAUCUGGAGAAUAGUGGUAUCGACGCCAUUCGAAUAUUUUAUCAUGGGUCUCAUCGUAUUAAACACAGUACUGCUCAUGAUGAAGUUCCAUCGGCAAAGCGACGCGUACAAGAACGCGCUGAAGUACAUGAACAUGUGCUUCACGGGGAUGUUCACCGUCGAGUGCAUACUGAAGAUCGCCGCAUUCGGCGUCAGG